UCAAUGAGUCACACUUUUUCACCCGCUCACCGCUCUUCUCUUAGUACGUAGUGUCAUAUUCUUAUCAGGUGUCAUCGCCAGGAUUUUUUUCAGUACUGGUAACAUGGAAAUAACUGAAAUGUUCGUGAAAGUUUAUUGAGAUUUCGUGCCGAUUUUGAACCAGCAGUUUCGGUGGAUUAUGUCUGUUGAAAAAAAAAGGUUCGAGUGCUCCGCUUUACCGAAAGGCUGGCAGAGAGAGGAAGUCGUUCGGAAAACGGGGCUGUCCGCCGGAAAAGUUGAUGUUUUUUAUUACAGCCCUGAUGGUCAAAGAUUCCGCAGCAAACCUCAAUUAGCUCGAUGUGUUGGAGAUUCUGUACAGCUUGGCACAUUUGAUUUUCAGACCGGAAAAGUAAACACUCUCUUAGUUCGUUCUCACAAGAACAAGAACAAAACGGCGCAAUUUGACUACAGCCGCAACAUGCGUAAUGAUGUAUCUUUGGUACCGCCUAUCAGGCAAACAGCUUCCAUUUUCAAGCAACCUGUAACUGUUUUCAAAAUGCAAGAAGGGAAGGUGAAAUCUGAUUUCAAACAUGGCCCUCAAGAAAAACCGAAACAGCUUUUUUGGGAGAAGCGACUGGAAGGUCUAAGAGCAUGUGAUGUUGAUGGAUCUGAACUGAAGACAAUGGAAUUACCAAAAGGUCUAAAAGCCGUUGGACCAUACGUAAAUGAAGAAACAGUGCUUCAGUCUGUCGCCACUGCCCUUCAUGUCUCCUCAGUGCCAAUCACUGGGCAAACCGGUCCUCGCUCAACUUUGGAUAAGAAUCCUGCUGUCUACCUAAACCCAGAUCAACCUCUUGCACAGGCGUUAACUAUUGGGGAAGAUGAUAUCAAAAAACAAGAAGACAGAGUCAGUUCAGCUCGUAAAAAGUUGCAAGAUGCGCUGCUUGCAUUGUCAGGCUGAUGAAUGCAUAUAUGGCAAGUGAAUGCAUUUUGACAUAAAUUGUGAUACAUGCUCAGCUCAUGGAAGUCAAGGAUUCUCCGGCCUAUCAAGUUGUUUGUGUUCUUUCUUGCUUCUUAUCUGUUCUCAUGAUUGACAUUGAUCAGUAGACAGUGAGUUGGGCUCUCGAAGCAUGCCUUCGGCCUUUUUCUACCAUUAACAAAAAGACUCAGGCUAACUAAAAAUUUAGUUUCCAAUGUGCUGUGGAGUAAAGCUCCAUUAAAAUUAAUUUUUAUUCGCUAAAAAUGAGACAAAAAUAUAAUUUUCUUACUUUCCUGGCAAUAGCGAGGCCAGAAAGAAAUACAUUGGAUUCAAUUGUACCUUUCCAACUUUGUUUUCUAUGUUGUCUUUGUCUUGUGACGUUUCCACAAUGUUGACUUGACUAACACCGAAGCCGAUACAUAGCUUUAAAGGCGAGAAAAUUUCACAUUAUUUUUUAACCCAGUACUUUUGGACGACUUCAUGGAAGAUGAAACCUUGUGAAAAUGAAUUAAAUCCUCCAAAGGAAUUAUAAGCACACUAUUUUCAUGAAUCAUAGUUCUUUUUGAUUUUGAUUUCCUUUUUUUUUUUUCCAUUUCCACCUACAUAAAUAGUUUUUUUUUAGUAUAAAUAUGCCCAUUUUUUGCAAGGAAAAGUUUCCAAGGACUUGAAAUAAUUUCAUCGUAAAUUUCUCAAUAUGUUCUUUGAAACAUCUGCCUCUUAUUUUGCUUUGUCUGAUGAGAAAUAUCUGGUAAAAAAUACAGAAGAUAAUAAUAGUGUGUUUAUCUGUGAGCUGUGAGCUAUGAAUAUUUUUGCGUCUUUUUUGAUUCUGAAGAAAAGGUCUAUAAAAUCAGGGAGGAGAAAAAGAAAAUGCUAUGAGACAUCCUUUCUUUAAAUUAGUACUUACGCAUAGUUUUUUCAUCAUUGAGUGUUUAAGCUUGAAAGAAGGAAUUCUUUUCAGUGUAACGGAAUAUAAUUAGUUAUAAUUUUUUCUUUUCUUCCUCAAAAAAACUGUUGUUUGCUCUCUUUGUUUCUGAGGAAAGAUUCCUGUAAACAUUCAACAAGAAAAUAAUCAGGUAAUAAUUGUAACACUUGGUAUUGCUUGGCCAGGUGAUAUAAUUUUUUAUAUUGAUCAUAUGUUUGUGUUCAGCACAUUACCCAUGAAGCUCCAAUAAAAGUUGAAUAUAAAACCACAGUUUUAUGAUAAAAGCUUGUUGAUUUACUUUCAAAGAUGAUACAUCUCUCGCAAAAAUUAUUUUGUGCUUGUAAGUUUUUAUUUGAUCAAACUGCGUGAUGAAUUUUGUUUUAUUUCUCUUUUCUUUCCAAUUUCCAUAGAAUUUCUUUGUCCUCUUGAAGUUAAAAAUAUAAGUUCAGUGUUUGAUAUUACUCAGGUAGAUUUUGCACAAAUAUUUCUACUCAUUAUUAAGACAUUGAAGUUUAAACACACAGAUUUUUACUGUUAUCUGAUAUUAAUUAAGAUGUAGAAUCCAUAUUAUCUGGCCGGAUGUAACAAGUAACUAGUCUGAAAAAAAGAGAAAAAAAAGAAUCCUAAUAUUUAAUAGUGUUACAAUUUCACUUCUGGAUGCUUCGAAUUGGGUUCGAGAUACAUCCCCCCCCCCCCCAAUCAGUUUGCAAAUCAAAAUUGUUUGGAAAAUUCAGCAAAACUGGGGGUGUCUCGAUGCUUGAAGGCUGGAUAAUAAAGAUUCAGUUGGUGUAACUUACUUUUUUCUAGCUGUAAGUCCUCUUGUAAUUUUCGCUGCCAAUUUUAAAGUUAGUGGCAUUUUCUGAAACCUCCCUGGUCUACUGUUUUCCACUUAAUUCAUGUUUGAGCUCAUGAUUACUAAUAAUUUCCAAAAGGUGCACCAGGCACUGCUCAGUUUCAUUUUGUCUCAAUGUGUGUGGGGUAGAAAGCUAGUAAACCGGCAGAUUUCAGAAAACAGCUUUUUUUUAAGUAGUGUUUUCCAUGAAGACAUCAAAUUUUUUGUAUAAAGUGUAAGGUUUAAGCAGUUUGUGGCAAGUUGUUAAAUUGAUAUUUUUUCUAAGUUACUAAUAAAAUUCCUCUCAAUCAAAAAA